AUGAAAAAUGCAAUAACUGAGAUUCAAAACCAGCUGAACGUGAUGACCACAAGGACGGAAGAAAAUGUCACCUUGACAAAAUGUCAUCUCAAGAUUACUAUAUAUUACUUCCUGAGGAAUUUCUGCUUCUUAGAAAUUACAUUCACCAGUGUGUCUAUCCCCAGAUUUGCGGGUACGAUCAUUACUAAAGUCAACAUUGCCUAUAACAAUUGUUUAGCUCAGCUAUUUUACUUCACCUUCAUGGAUAUGUCAGAGAUUUUUCUUCUCAGGGCCACGUCUUUUGAUCACUACAUUGCCAUCUGCAGGCCUCUUCGUUUCACCACCAUGAACAAGAAAAUCUGCACCCUGCUGGUCCUUGGGUCAUGGCUGGGAGAAUUCCUUACCAUUUUCCCACCACUCAUGCUCAUCCUCCAGCUAGAUUUCUGUGCUGCCAAUGUAAUCGAUCAUUUCUCCUGUGACUAUUUCCCCAUUUUACAACUCUCGUGCUCAGAUACAUGGCUUUUAGAGAUGAUUGGCUUUUACUGUGCUUUUGUUACUCUGCUCUUCACGUUGGCAUUCGUGAUUCUUUCCUACAUGUGCAUUCUUAGCACCAUUCUGAGAAUCCCGUCUGCUACUCAGAGGAAAAAGGCUUUCUCCACAUGUUCCUCUCACUUGAUUGUCAUUUCCAUCUCUUAUGGGAGCUGCAUAUUCAUGUAUGUCAAGCCUUCAGCAAAAGAAAGAGCAUCACUGAUCAAAGGGGUAGCUAUUCUCAACAUCUCAAUUGCCCCCAUGUUGAACCCUUUUAUUUAUACCCUGAGGAACCAGCAAGUAAAACAAGCUUUCAAAACUUUGCUUCAUAUAGUAGUGUUUUCUAGAAACAAAUGAAAGUAUGUAUUAACAAGAAAGGAUGUUAUUGGGAA